CAACACAUGUAAUUACGCAACCUAUUACCAAACGCUGAAAGAGAGUUCCAUAACACUGCAGCUGCUCCUCAUCUGCCCCUCAUGGUGCUCCUGUUUCACUGAAGGAAGAGGCUGUUUAUGUAACUGAGACAACAAUGAAGUCAGUCGCCUGUUUCUCAUCGUCUGUCAGAGCUGCCUGUCAGCACACCUCAGCAUGUUUCCCUCUAAAUCGGGCUAUAAUUCUCUGCAGUCCAGUGAGCAGAUGUACCAAAGUGGAUUUCACUAACAAAACUGUAAUUGCGCAACAGCCGUGCGUAACCGGUGUGCGUUCUUUUCAUAAUACGCACGUGAGCACAGCAGCGGUGCAGCAUGUGAGUGCAGCCUCUCUGACCACCCCGGUGCCCAUACCGGGGAGAAGAGAGGAUGAUCUGACCGUGGUCCAGUUUGGCAGACACAUACCCCCUAAAACAGGUGCAAGACCAGCCCCUCAGCUCUCUCCAUACAGCCCAUACACCAAACCACAGAACAAUGCAGCUGCACUAGUCAACAUCCAGUCUCUGACUGAAGGGGAGGUGAUUCCUGAGCUGUGCUCCAAGCUGGCAGGCUUCCCCAGCAAUGACAGGGCAGAGGGACUGGCCACUUUACUUGGAGCAUGUGUUGAAUUUGGCCUGGCAGCUCACAACCCUCUAGUCCUCAGACUGAUAAAUGAGUGCCUGGAACUCCUCUCCAAUAGGGACAUCGGGGUGUCACAGGUUUGCCACCUGGGUGAGGUGGCACACGCCCUGGAAGGCCGCCAGUCAGCCAUGGUGACAGAGGUCCUGGACUCUAUAUGUGGUGCUGUAGAGGAGGAUGUUGUGUCUCCCAGCGAGGCUGCCAGAGUCUACUCCCUGCUGGCCCUGUGUCACAAUCCGGGCAGCCAGCGGCAGAGACUCAUGCUGUCCACUUUGCACAGGCACACACAGAGGAUGGUCCACCGGCUGAAUGCCUGCCAAGUCAGCGAUAUACUGCAGGCCCUGGUGAAGUUACAGCAGAGACGGGCCAUUACCUUGGUUCUGAGGCUGAGUCACAGAGCAUCACGUGUCUUCAAAGCUUUCAAGGAUGAAGAAGUUAUCAAAGUGCUUUCUGCCCUGAUGAUCCUAGGACAGCAUGACGAAGAGCUCCUGGCUGCGAUAGAGAAACACCUACCAGGGAGGCUGGGGACAUGUGAUCCAGAGCUGAUCAGUACUGUCAUGGAGUACUGUCUGCAAAUGAAGUGCCGCUCCGAGCCAAUCUUUGAGUCUGUGGCUGAGAACUUUGUAUGUCAUGCUGAGAGGCACAGCACCCUUCAGAUAGCUAAACAGAUUGUUGCCAUGGGGAGACUCAACUAUCUGCCACAGUGCUCCAUUGGGAUGUUUAAAAAGCUGGAGAGCAUUUUGUCGACAAGGUUUUCUCAGUUCCAGCCGCGCUCGCUGAUAGAGGUGUUGCACGCCUGCAUCCAUCUGGAACGCUUUCCGCUCAACUACAUGUCCAAAGUGUUUAGCCCAUACUUCCUACACAGGCUACAAGCACAGAGGGGGGCGUUGGACAAGAAUGCAAUGGGACAACUGACACAGCUCCAUCUCUCCACCUCAUUAGAGUGCACUCACUAUUGGGGUCCCAGACUUCCUUACGGCCUGCAUGUGAAGAAGUUUUCGUCUUUGGAUCAGGCCUUCGAGACACCCAUGGAGAAUCUCUUCUACAAACAGGUCAAAGGGCCGCUUACAGAGCUGUUGGGGGGAAAAUUAUUCUCCACCAAAAUCUUAACCCCUUAUGGAUACACAAUAGAUGUGGAAAUCUGCCUGGAUGAGCAGGGAUAUGUUCUGCCUCUGUCUCAGUGGGAACACACAUACAGAAGGAUGGCACUGUGUCUGGACGGCCAGAACCGUUUCUGUAGCAACACACAGCACCUGCUUGGAAAGGAAGCAACUAAAAGGAGACACCUUCGCAGGAUGGGCUAUGAGGUGGUGCAGAUCCCUUACUUUGAAUUUGAGAAGCUGAUAACUCCGGAGGAAAAGGUCCAGUAUCUCCACAACAAAAUAUAUCCCACCAUUUUCAAGUUCAAUAACGGAUCUUAGCUGCCUACCAAGUUCAACCUAAGAUUCCCCAGUGACUUUGCCUCUGUUGCUGUACAACUAACCUUCGAAUGAACUGUUUGGAGAUUGAAGCGCACAAGGUAUGUACAGUAUGAAGAAGAGAGAAAGCAUGAAAGAAAAUGAAAAUGUUUUUGUCUGUGAUAUUUAGAUUCUUCACACACAUAUCCUAAUGACAGUACAGUCUGGAAACGAGGCAGAAUAAAAUGUUUCACAGGCAUAAAAGUGCCCAAUAAUUCAGGAAUAUUUUAACAGAUGUUACUGUAACAUGAAUUCAUGACAAAUCUUCUGGCAUUGUUCCCAU